AUGACUCUCCCUGCUUUUAGACUGAAUAGGAAUAGCGCCGGCAUCACUUGCAUCAACAGUGUGACGAUGAGCAGCCUCUGUUGCCUUCAAAGUUGGAGCCUGAGAAUCGUCUCUGUCGAGUGCAUCACUUUGACGCGCCUUCCUCUCGACGUUUAG